AUGAGGCUCUUCGGCUUCGCUACAGCCAAGGCACCCGAUUCUUCAUCUCAGUCCUGCAGCGAGCAAUCUCUUCUCGUACCGGAUCCCGACGCUGAGUCAGACUGGCUUGAAGAAGAUAUCCACCUUGAGGCAUCGGAAGUCUCAGGCGACAGUGCGUCUAUCACAACCACCUCUGAUGAUGUCUCUGAUGGUAGCAACAGUAACAGCGGAAAUAAUUCUUAUGACAAAAUGCACGAUCAUGAUCUGGCGCGCACACGCCUUGGAAGCUUUGCCCCCGAGUGUAAUGCUCUUAAGAAAGCCUAUGAUGCCUGCUUCCUAGAUUACUUUAGCCGCUGGGUGAAGGGUUCAAAUGGUGAGACAGAAGGCUUGAUAGGCGAGGAGGAUCCAUGCAGUGAUAAACUGCGCCUCUACACAGCGUGCGUCCGCAAAGCUGUAGAGACUUACACCGGAGUUACGUUGAGCGAGUUGGAUGGGUCUCGAAUCGAUAUGGAUGAAUUAAUGGUUCAUAUCGAUCAAAAUUCGAAGUAG